GGGAGGCAACUGUGUACAGACGAUUUUGGUUCCCGUCCUCAUAUUUGACCAACUCAGUGCAGAGAACCAGAUUUGUUUACUUCUGUGGAAAAAAUGGGUUCUUGUUUAGCAAUAUGUUUUAGAGGCGGAGGAGAUAUAGAUCAGCCGUCAACGGAGAUAAGAAGGCAGCAGCAAGCGGAGGCAGCAGAGCGCCGCCAAAGGGAACUUGAGGGGCGAGGGGUUAAGGAUCCUGAGGCUCUGAAACGUAAACAAAAGAGGCAAGAAGAAAUGGAGAAAGCACAACUUACUCAAGGACAUGGAGAAUCUAAUCUAAAGUGGCAGGUCUCAUGAAAAGAAGUGUUGUUAUGCCAUCAUCAUGCCUAUUUGGACUGUCACAUCAUUAACCUGUAAACUAUAGAUACAGUCACAUUGUUAAUCUGUAGAUUACAUUCUUAUUCAUCUGUAACCUGAAACACCAGUGAAUCCAGGAUUGUAUGGUUAGAAAAAAUAUCAUGUAGUUUUUUAUUACAAAUUUGUUCUGGUCUUACUUUUUAACUUACCUCUGUUGGGCUCUUUAAUUAAUACCUCUGUGUCCAUUGUCCAUGGUUGUGCAUCAUUCAUCACCAGCAGUUUUACUGUAAACACUCCAGAGGUCACAAUUUUUACCAAUUCUUAAUAUCUUUAUAAAACACUGUUAGAAUGUUUCCCUCAGUAAAGUCUAGAAAGAAUUUGUAACUGGGUCAUCUGGGGUCAUAAACUAGGUCACUAGGUCAAAUGGUAGAAAUCUUUGCUAACACUCAAGAAACCACAUUUUAUACUUCAGAGGACUUUGUCAGAAUAUUUGUCACUGUAAAAUCUAAAUUCAAAACAGGAUAACCCGAGGUCAAAAACUAGGUCUUUAGGUCAUAUCAUAGAAAAACAUUUUUAAUACUCAAUACACCACAUCUUAGACCUGAUCUUCAGGCAUUUUUGUCAGAAUGGGUUUCUCUAAGUAAUCUAGACCAAGUUUAAAAGUGGGUUACUUGAAAUCAAAUAUUAAGCCACUUAAAGGUUAAAUCAAAGAAAAAACAUCAUUAACACUGUAGAUGCAACAUUUUCUACUUCAUCUGAACAUAUUUUGGCAGACUGUUUGCCUAAACAAAAUCUUGCUCCUGUUCAAAACUGAGUUACCAGAGGCCAAAAGAUAGGUUACUGGUUAAAUCUUAAAAAAUCCUUGAGGCUGUAUCUUUUACCUGCUUUCCAUAAAACUUUAUCAGAAUGUUUGUCUCUACAAAACUUAUGCCAUGUUUGAAAGUGGAUAAUCUAAGAUCAAAACUAGAUGAUUUGGUCAAAUUAUAUUAAAACAGUGUUGAUACUCAAGAGGCCACAGUUUCUACCUGAUCUUCAUGAGAGGAGCACAGAAUGUUUGUCAAUUUAAAAUGUAGGAUACCUUUGUAACUGGCUCACUUUGGUUAAAAACAAGUUCACUAGGUCAAAUCGUUAAAAAACUAUGUUAACUGUCUACCUGAUUUACAUAAAACAGGGCCUAUGCCUUCAGGGCGCUCUUGUUUAAAGGUACUCAAAUAGGACAGAGGGCGGGAAAAACAGAAGUUUAUGGACAGUAAUUUUACAAGUACAUGAUAAACCGUUUGAAUUCAUAUUGUAGAUCUUUGUACCUUUAGAUAUAUUUUGCCAAAAUUUCAUUUUUUAAAAUGCGAACAAUUACUAUACAGUUCAUAUGUGUAUCUGUGUGAGUUUGUGUGGGUGCAUGUUUAUCUAUAUGAAGAAUUCUCUGUUACAUUGUUAUUUAUUACAACACUUGUGUAGUGUGUAAAUAUAGAGAAAACCUGUCAUACUAUACAAAUCAGCUGUAAAACAGAUGGAAUUUCUCUUCACUUUUUAUUAUACUUGUAAAAUGUCUGCUUAAUAUAAAUUAUAAGAAUGUUGGUAAAGAGCAUUGCAGCAGCCUAAAUGCAAUUUUAGGCCAAAAGAUGUUUUUAUGCAUGAAAUGGAUGUGAAGAUAUAAACAUGUUUUACAAACUUAGUGAAACUGUAUAAUGAUUGUUUUCUUACAGUGCUCAAUCCUUGUGUGUAAUCUUGAAUAUACAUUGACUUGGGAUACAGGGUAUCAUAUGGCACUUAGAUGUUAGCACUGGGUGGAUUUUAUGUAGGGCUGGGAGGAUUUCAAAAUUUUAAAACUGGUUAAUCUUUUGUAUGAAAUCGAACUGAACCAGUUAAUUGGCCUCCAUAUUGAAAAUGUUGUUUUCUUUCCUGACGACGGUAUCAAGGUACUUCCAGUAGUGGUUUAUAUUAGGAACUUACGAACUUUAUCCUUUGCAAACAAUGUGAUAAUUAGUCAUAUUUUUGUGUAUUUUAUUUUACACUUAUCACAACAGGCAAAUCCGAGACUAUUGACAUAGAAUGUUCAAUGUGUUUUAGUGGGAAUAUACUGCAGGUCUAUGUGCUAGUCAAAGAAAUGUAUAAAGAAUAGGUACAAUUCGUGAUGUUUGUUAUUUAAAAGCGAUUAGCGGUUUUGCAAAAUUGAAACCGGUUUCUCCUAGUAAUCGAAUCGGAUCCAAUUAACCGAGUAAUCGUCCCAGUCCUAAUUUUAUGUCUCUUUACAUUAUUUACAAUAUGUCUAAUAAGAAUCAUAAGCUUCUACAUUUUAUUGAACAAGAACUUAAUAAUCUUCUCCUUAUUGUACAGACAACACAUUUUAACAUCAUGAAAUAGCAUCAUGUCAUUUAGUCCUCAAGUUAGAAGAAGUCAAUAUUUGUACUAGCUUCUAUAUUUCUGCUUUCUUAUGUCAGGCUACACCUACACCUACAACAUCUUGGUUUAUUGAAUAAUUGUUUUAUCAGAUGUUAGGAAACUAGUAAAUUUUGCAAACUGAACCUUCAGUUCAUAUUUGCGUCAGUUAAAUUUCUUCUCACGUUACAGAUUGUUUAUUGAAGUGAAAGUUAUAAUAUUGUAACUUACUGUUAUGUCAUUAUAAUUUGAGAAUGACUCAAAUUACAUCCCAGACAAAUAUACUGAAAAGAUAUCACUGUUAUUUUGAUAACCACAAAUUCAUGCUGAUAGGAAGCCACUUUAACCAAACCCACAACAUAACAAAAUUUAUGCUCGUUGUAUAAAAAUGAUUUUACUGUUUAUACUGUUAAGUUGAAGAACAAUGCUAUCAUGGUCUUUCAAAUCAGUUUUGUUGUGACAUUAUCUUGCAAUAGAAAUGAGAAAUCAUUGACCCAUUAAUUGUAGAACUAAUUUAUUUAUUUUGUGUAUAUUUGUAUAUCUUUGCUGAGUUUGUAUAUUUACCAAGUGGUUUGAUGAGACUGAGUUUUUUUCACUUUUUACUUGUGUCUUUUUUGAAGGGGAGUUUAGUUUACAAUUUUUCACAAUGACAGCUAUGAUUUUGUUGUAGCAAAGAUAGGAGGUGCCUCUCUAUGUGUUAAUUCAGGCAUAGAGUUGCAUCAAUUGAGAACCACCAAUUAAAUAGAUUUAUAACCAGAGCAUCUAGGUUUAAGUUUCUUCACCACAUACCUGUCCACUUAUCUAAAAUUGCACUAUAAUAAUCCACCAUUUGGCCUUAUGCAGACUACACCAAAGUGCCAAAAUUCAAAAAGCAAGCCAUGUCUUUAUACGACCAAACUUGUUACUGAGUCAUGAUGACUCAGUUAUAUACCGAUAUAAAAGACACACUUGUUAAUGCUUAUUUUCAAAUUUCUGUCAACAAUAAAUAGAUAAACUGCAGUUUUCUAAGACCAUCUUCAAAAGUUGUGAACAACCAAUUAUUAGAAUCACACUUAUUGGCAAAGCACUUAAUUAGCUAGUGUUUGACAUGUAAGAAUAACUUUUUCAUUUCGUUGCAGUCUUCUAUAAUUGAAUGUGAGGCUUGUUGCACAAUCAUCUUUCAAUACAAAGAUUUCUAUGGUAUUUGUUUAAAAAAUAUGUUCUAGAAUUUGGGAUGAUCAAGACUUACAUUGAAGAAAGUUAUUGAAUAGUGUAACCUACACAGUUGUUGUGUACCUACGACCUUGCCUUAGCAGCCACCUGUAUUAAGCAGUCACUUAGCCUGCUAAAUUUCUAAAAUGGACUGUUCCAUCAUUCAAUUUGGGAAAUACCAUUUAUUAUUCCAAGGGGUGUUCACUGAAAAUUUACUGACUGAAUAGCGAACAAUGCAGACCAUGAUAAGCCUGUACGAAAGUGCAGGCUGAUCUUGGUCUGCACUGGUCGCAAAGGCAGAAUUACUUGCCACAAGUGGGCUAAGGGUUAAGCAGUCACUUAAGCAGUCUGUCAGGAAGCCAGUCUGUGUAGCUCCCUUGGCUUGCUGUCAAAUACAGGUUUGACUGUAAUAAUUAUAUAAUUCUGUGUGUUGUGAAAUAAACAUUUUAUAGAAUUUUUUUAAACUGUAUAAUUGCUUAAUAUAUUUAUAGAUGUAAUAUUAUAUUUAUCUUAAACUGUUUAUGAUAUUGUCAUUAAAUUAUUAAAAAUAUU